AGUGGUCUUGGGGCUGCCGAGGGGUUCGCGACGCGGAGGGCCGGAGACUCCGGGCCGCGCGGGACCCGGAGGGGCGCCCGGGCCUCCGCGGAGACGAUGGCGGAGGAAGAAGGACCAACAGUAGAACUGCGCCAAAGAAAAAAGCUGAAGUCUUCAGAAAAUAAGGAAUCUGUCAAAGAAGAGAAAAUCAGUGACACUCCAAUUCCUGAAAGAGCUCCAAAACAUGUAUUAUUUCAGCGCUUUGCAAAGAUUUUCAUUGGCUGUCUUGCAGCAGUUACUAGUGGUAUGAUGUAUGCUCUCUAUUUAUCAGCAUACCAUGAACGGAAAUUCUGGUUUUCCAACAGGCAGGAGCUUGAACGAGAAAUCACAUUUCAAGGUGACAGUGCCAUUUAUUACUCUUAUUAUAAAGAUAUGUUAAAAGCGCCCUCAUUUGAAAGAGGUGUUUAUGAAUUGACACACAACAACAAAACUGUAUCUCUGAAGACUAUAAAUGCAGUGCAGCAAAUGUCUCUAUAUCCAGAACUCAUCGCCAGUGUUUUAUAUCAAGCAACUGGUAGCAAUGAGAUUAUUGAGCCAGUAUAUUUCUACAUUGGCAUUGUUUUUGGAUUGCAAGGAAUAUAUGUUACUGCUUUAUUUGUUACAAGUUGGCUUAUGAGUGGAACAUGGCUAGCAGGAAUGCUUACUGUUGCAUGGUUCAUUAUUAACAGGGUAGAUACAACAAGAAUUGAAUACUCCAUUCCUUUAAGAGAAAACUGGGCACUACCAUAUUUCGCAUGCCAAAUUGCUGCACUUACAGGCUAUUUAAAAAGCAACUUAAAUACUUAUGGAGAGAGGUUUUGCUGCUUGUUGAUGAGCGCUUCAACUUACACGUUUAUGAUGAUGUGGGAGUACAGCCACUAUCUCUUAUUUCUUCAGGCGGCAUCUCUGUUCUUGCUAGAUAGCUUUUCACUGGAGCAAAGUGACAAGGUUCAUGAAGUUUAUAAAAUCUAUAUAUUUUCUCUCUUUCUGGGAUAUUUACUGCAGUUUGAGAAUUCAGCUUUAUUGGUAUCUCCUUUAUUAAGUUUAGUAGUGGCCUUAAUACUUGCUAAGUGCCUUCAGCUGAAUGUGAAGAAAGGAACUUGUAUAGCUAAAAUAAUGAAAGUGAUUAAUUUUUACUUGGUGUGUACUCUGACAGUGACACUGAAUAUUAUAAUGAAGAUGUUUGUCCCACACAAAGAAAAUGGGCACAUGCUGAAAUUCCUUGAAGUAAAAUUUGGACUAAAUAUGACUAAGAAUUUUACAAUGAAUUGGCUCCUGUGUCAAGAAUCCCUGCAGGCACCAUCUCAAGAUUUUUUUUUGCGAUUGACACAGUCUUCUUUAUUACCCUUCUAUAUUUUAGUGUUAAUUAUUUGUUUUCUUUCUAUGAUGCAAGUUAUUUUUAGGAGAAUUAAAGGCAAGUCCUUGAAAGAAACUAUUACUCUUGAAGAUGGACGAAUUGGAGGAAGGCCAGAAAUAAUUUAUCAUGUGAUUCACACUAUUUUAUUGGGCUCUCUUGCAAUGGUUAUAGAAGGCUUGAAAUACCUGUGGACUCCUUAUGUGUGUAUGUUAGCAGCAUUUGGUGUAUGUUCUCCUGAACUUUGGGUGACACUUUUCAAGUGGCUUCGAUUACGAACUGUACACCCCGUGUUGUUGGCUCUUAUUCUGAGUAUGGCUGUUCCCACUAUAAUAGGUCUCAGCUUAUGGAAAGAGUUUUUUCCAAGAUUAAUGACAGAAUUAAUGGAACUGCAAGAAUUUUAUGACCCAGACACAGUGGAACUUAUGACCUGGAUAAAAAGGCAAGCUCCAGUUGCAGCUGUGUUUGCAGGGAGUCCACAGUUAAUGGGCGCGAUUAAAUUAUGCACUGGAUGGAUGGUGACCAGCUUGCCUCUUUACAAUGAUGAUGAUCUUCUCAGGAGAAAUGAAAACAUCUAUCAAAUCUAUUCAAAGCGAUCUGCUGAGGAUAUUUAUAAAAUACUGACAUCCUACAAGGCUAAUUACCUAAUUGUAGAGGAUGCUAUCUGCAAUGAGGUGGGAACCAUGAGAGGCUGUAGGGUUAAAGAUUUAUUAGACAUUGCAAAUGGCCAUGUGGUUUGUGAAGAAGGUGACAAGUUAACCUACUCAAAAUAUGGGCGAUUUUGUCAUGAGGUCAAAAUUAACUAUUCUCCAUAUGUGAAUUAUUUCACUAGAGUAUACUGGAACAGAUCCUACUUUGUAUAUAAAAUCAACACUGUGAUAUCCUUUCAGUCUUGAAAGAUAGCAGAGCCUCAUUUCAAAGACUUCCAUCACUUGAAAUAAAAUGUGAUUUUCUUCUUACCUACAUGGUGUCUUCUAGAAAUCAGAGUAUGGACAUUUGAAAUGUUGCUGCUGCUUUUUCCCUCCUGCUGUUAACUGGAUUCAGAGUUCUGCAGGGAAUAGAACAUCAAGCAUUACUGUCCUUUGGUAAAAUGUCAAAUCUACCACUCUGUAAUAUUCUGGUCAGGUGUUUUCCUUAUGUAACGUUACAUGGUCUUUAAAGACUAUCUUCUCAUUAUCUUCUCAACUGUUAUAAAAUUGUCCUCAUAAAUCUUCAUUCUGUCAUAACAUAGGUCUUGAAUUUGAAUAUGUUCAAGGUCAGAGUAUAUUUCUCAAACAUAACAUUUAAUAAAUAUGUCGUUUAAUGUCAUAUAAUUAUAGACUAGAAGGAAGGAGCUCUUCUUACCCUCAAGACAGUUUCUGAAGGUAUUUCAUGGUGUAUAAUAGAAUUGAAAUAUUAUGAUAUUAUUAAUUUAAAUGUUAGCUGAAAAUAUGUGACAUUUAAAUUAAAAUUUGUUAACUGUAUAAAGGAAUGUGAUUUUGAAGGAUAUACAUAAAGGUAUAUCCAGAUUUUCUAUGAUUUGCUUUCAUCAUCUGCUGCUUAUAUAACUGUGUACUUUCUUAGUAAAAUAUAGUACAUGGUAUUGCAUUUUAUUAUUUUACAACUAUUAAGUGGUUAACUUUUUUCACUUAUGCCCAUAAAUUUAAUACCAAUUUAAUCAUGAUAAAACAGUAACUCUUGUUACCUAAAUAUUUUUUAAAACAGAUAUUUAAAAGAAUGUUGUUCAGGUUUUUAAAAGAUAUGGAAUGGGGUAUACAGUCUAUUCACAUAUUUUAUACUGAAGUAUUAAGUGAAAAAUUAAAUCUUUAUCAGAAUAAGAAUAUUCUGAUAUUAAUGACUAAAAUGACAUAACACUAAAAUGAACAAUUCCUGGAGAUGGGGCAGAUGCUACUAAAAAUACUUAUGCAUACAGGUAUGUUUAUUAUAAAACACAAAUGCUAUUAUUUAUGAAACUAUGGUACAGUCUUCAACAUUAAGAACAAAAUGACAAUUAUUAUAAAAUUCACAACACAGUUUCACAACCUAAAUGCUACAUUCCUUUAGGUUAAGUGUUUUCAUAUUUUUAGUUAUUUAUUAAAAGAAAUUCUUAAAUGAUUAGUUGGGCUGUAUAAAGAGAUUUGGGAUAGAUGUAUCAUUUUAAUAAGACAGGAUGCAUGUUUAAUUUUACCUUAUACAUGUUUAGUGAGCAGAUUUUUAAAAUUUUCACUUGUUAGAGUGCUGUAAAAAUUACAAUUUCAGCACUCUAAAUUACUAUAUUAGAAGGGAACAUCUUUUCGUUAACUUUAUUUACUGUUUUAUAUAUAUAUAUAUAUAUUUUUUUUUUUUUUAAAGUACAAAAGCACAUGCAUUCUUAGAUUAGCUCUAGGAUGUUUUGCUUUAUUGGAGCUUCAGAAUAAUUGUUUGAUGGCAGUGUCAUAUAUCUGGUGCACUAGUUUUAUUGGUUCUCAUUUCAUGCUUUUUAUAUAGUUUUUAACAAUUAUAUUAACGUAGUUAAAGGCAGGGCAUUUCAGGUUCUCUAUACAUCUUAAUAGUGAGUCACUAGUAUUUAGCUUCAAGCCUUAUGAAAACAUUACUGUGGGGACGCCUGGGUGGCGUCUGCUUUUGGCUCAGGUCGUGAUCCCAGGGUCCUGGGAUCGAGCCCCAC